AUGUUUUGGCUGCUUGUGUUGGGGGCAGUGAUCGUGGGUACUCUCUACAGGCGGCGAAGGCCAGAACUUUGUCAGAUCCAUUCAGACCUUCCGAUCGGCGAAAAGUGCUAUCCGGUUAUCGGGCAUGCAUACCUAGUUAAAAAUUCUGAUACAGACGGUACCGUUUGGUUUAAAGCUUUGGGCCGGCUGGCCAUUGAAAAUGGCGGCGUCACAUCUUUUUGGAUGGCUAAUAAGCUGUAUAUAAUUGUUGCUGACCCGGAAACCUCUGAAGUAAUAUUGAAAUCUUGUAUGGAGAAAGGCUACGUGACUCAGUUCCUACGGACACUAAUUGGCAAUGGCAGUAUAUUUGCUGCAGUUGACAUUUGGCGGCCGCGGCGCAAAAUUUUAGCUCCUGUCUUUAGUAUGAAGAACCUUAACGAAUUUGUAAAAGUGUUUAAUAGACAAAGCAUGAUCAUGGCCGACAUGCUGGAGCCGAUGGCUGGAGGCGCCGACUUCUCCGUUUGGAGAUAUUUUAACACUUACACGUUCGAUUCAGUUUGCGAAACAACAUUAGGCAUUGAUUUGAAUAGUCAAAAGGAUCCGAAUCACAGCUUCCUCAUCGCGUUCGACUUUGUGUCGCAAGAACUGGCGAAGCGAAUGGUGUCGCCGUGGAUGUACCCGGAGUUCAUUUACCGGAUGCUGCCGAGAUACAACAAGUUUGUCUUCCACAGGAAAAUCAUACGUCAUUUUGUUGAUGAGGUAAUAAAAAUAAAACAAAAACAACUAUCUACAUUUCAAAAAGGGGACAAUAAGGAAAUCAGCGACACUGCUCCAAAAACAUUCUUAGACAUGAUGAUAGAGUCAUCAGACCGUGUUGACAAGAAAUAUUCCGACCUUGAGCUGCGCGAGGAGCUGAUGGUGAUCGUGUUGGCCGGCACCGACACCUCCGCCGUGGGCGCCUCCUUCGCCGCCGUUAUGCUGUCCCGGCAUCCCCACGUCCAGGAGAAACUACACCAUGAGUUAGAUGUCGUGUUCGGUAACUCAGACCGAGCUUUAACUGUGGAAGACCUGCCGAAGCUCCAGUACUUAGAGGCGGUCAUCAAAGAGACUUUACGGCUGUACCCUCCAGUUCCCGUCACGGCGAGAGAAGUCAUGAAUGACGUGAAAUUACCAUCAGGCACCACUCUGGUUGACGGGGUGUCGGUGAUACUGAACAUCUGGGCGACGCACCGCAACCCCACCUACUGGGGAGCUGACGCGGAGCAGUUCCGCCCGGAGCGUUUCCUGGAAGGGCCGCUCAAGCACCCCUCGCAGUUCCAGCCCUUCUCGCUGCCCAUGAGGAACUGCCUUGGAUACAACUACGCUAUGAUGUCGAUGAAGACUAUGUUGGCCAACACGAUGCGCCGCUACAGGAUAUUGCCGCCUUCCCACAUGGACGAACACAAACUCCAGGAACCCUUGAAAGUCUCUUUCGACGUCAUGAUGAGGGACAUGGAUAACUAUGAAAUAAGGCUACAGGAUAGAACGAAAAAUCAGAGCGAGAGAAGAGGGAAUUGAAUUGAAUCCUAUAAA